AUGAUCAAUCAAUGCGAAAGAAGGCUGAGCGAGAUGUCCUUCCUCCCAGUCAACCGUUUUCCAAUGUUUGGGACCAUAAACAGGGAUCCGGAACAUGAGCGGGUUUGGAAACAAGGAGACUCCGUUAUCCAAAACUUUCGAAGGAUGGUUAGCAAGUACGAUGAGGCCGCCGAUCGGCGCCUUGAGUACCAGCCCCGUCAAGUAGAUCCAGUGAAGUUCACAAUUGACGAGCUGACCCGGAACGAAGAAAUCUUGGACCACCUGCAGUCGACCCUCCUGCCUAGCUUACAGUUUCAAACCAUCAAGCUAUUCAAAUUACUAAACCCAUUGGGCUUGCAGCAAGAACUAGAGUCAAAAAUCCAGCUUAUCUCUCAAACCCAAUUGAACGUCGAAAAAUAUAUAGAUAGGUUGAAAAGUUGGAUCGUUCAAGUCUGCCCAGGACGCUUGGAUCGAUCGUACCCAUCCAAUGACCAUCACUACAAACGAUUAAAAUCAUUCCGGCUUUCUAGUUUGAAGAAGUAUAUCUUUGAGGCCUCUCAAGACAUGAGUCGAAGCUGUCGGGUAGCCUCUGAGAUCCUCAACCGCGCGAAAGACUCGACAGAACCACCUAGUCAGCAGACGAAAAAAACGUAUCAUCAGGGAGUAUUGUUAGCCCAUAAGGCAAUUAGAUCGUUCCAGGCGACUAUUGAAUGCAUCAAAGGAUCUGAAUUAGAUGUCGCUGAGAAGAGUUGGCAAUCACGUUUGAUGAGUAUCGACAACAGCUUACGGAACAUCGUAUGCUUAGUCACCCCUGUAACAAACUCUAGUCCAAACGAUACUCAUCGUCGCUGUAGAAAAAACUUCACCAACGAAUCAGUCAUCGACCUCGCUAAAUCGGCAAUAACAUUGAUCAAGGUCCAUAAACUAUUCUUUGUCAAGUUCUUCUCCAGACGCGGGGCGAUUAGGAGAAGUAUCCCAUGCUUCACAGAGUUGUGUUCGGAUCAAAUCGGAUCUAUAGUUCGAUCGUUCGAAGACGUUGCUGAGGAGAUCCAUGGACUCGUUGAACGCUUUAAAGAGGCUGAUAAGAUUGGCGACCAUAUCACUAACGACAGUCUGCGCCUAACAGCUGCCCGUCUCAAAGCUCGUUUCGAUGCUCCUAUGGUUCUCCUACUCCUUUAUCUCAUUCCUCUGAUCCCCGAUAUCGCCACUCAAAAUGAUUACAGAGAUUGGUUGCUUACUUGGAACACUCAGCGUAACUUAGCCUCCGAGAACUACAUCAACAUUUCCAGGUCACUAGUUGACCGCGAGUCCGACGGUCAGGAGUCCGACGACGACGACUACGAAUACCACUCUUCCGACUCCUACGAGACAUAUUAA